GGGGGGGGUGCGGUAGGACACAUGCAUGGGGAGCAGAGGUGGGGUGCAGUGUCCCCAUGCCCCCCCCAUGUCCCCCCUGCAGUCACAGCAGUGUGCAGCAGUGCUCCGUGCUCCGGGCCCAGCUCACCCAACAGCUCCCACUGCGCCAUUGCUGAGAACGGCUUCACCGGCUCCGUCCCCAACAUCCAUGCAGAGCUGCUGCCCCAGCCCCGUGCUUUGGCCCUGGAUGGCUCCGGGCAGCUCAGCCUCUACACGUCCCCAUCACUGCCCAACAUCUCCCUGGGGCUGCAGGCCACCGUCACCGUCACCAACUCCCACCUCAACGCAUCCCCCAAGCUGAGCCCACAGCCUGAAGCCGAUCGCCCGGCCGUGGCCACGCUGCGCCCCGGGGCUGCACUCAGUGGGAAAUUCCUGAGCACGUCGUCCAUCCCUGGCUGCCUGCUGGGGGUGGCCCUGGAGGGGGAUCCCCCCGCCUCCCUGCUGCAGCACGUCCUGCUGCUGGAACAGGCAAGGCAGCAGAGCACCCUCAUUGCUGGUGAGCAGAGCCCCACAGCCCCUGCGCCUCAGGUUCCCCCAUAGCCACGUCCCAAUUCCCCCAUAGGCCUGCCUGAGUUUCCCCUAUAACUGUGCCCCAGUUUCCCCUAUAGCUGUGCCCCAGGUUUCCCCUAUGGCUGUGCCUCAGUUUCCCCUAUGGCUGUGCCUCAGUUUCCCCUAUAGCUGUGCCCCCGUUUCCCCUAUAGCUGUGCCUCAGUUUCCCCUAUGGCUGUGCCCCAGUUUCCCCUAUAACUGUGCCUCAGUUUCCCCUAUAGCUGUGCCCCCGUUUCCCCUAUAGCUGUGCCCCCGUUUCCCCUAUGGCUGUGCCCCAGUUUCCCCUAUAGCUGUGCCUCAGUUUCCCCUAUGGCUGUGCCCCAGUUUCCCCUAUGGCUGUGCCUCAGUUUCCGCUAUAACCAUACCCCAAUUCCCCUAUAGCUAUGCCCCAUUUUCCCCUAUAACUGCUCCUUGAUUUCCCCCAUAGCCAUACCCCAAUUCUUCAAAACUGUGCCUCAAUUUCCAUUAUAACCAUAUCCUAAUUCCCCUGUAGCUGUGCCUCAGUUUUUCCCAUAGCCAUGCCUCGAUUUGCCCCAUAGCCUUACCCCAUUCCCCUGUAGCCAUACCCCAAUCCCCUUAUAGCUGUACCCCAAUUCCCUCAUAGCCAUGCCUCAGUUUCCUAUAUAGCCAUACCCCAAUUCUCCUAUA